AUUAAUUUACUGCCCAUUGAUAACACAAAGAUAAUGGCGAUUUCACCUCAGAUUAGUAUGAUAAAAGCAUUUGCCCGCGGUACUCGUAUGAAAUGUUAUUAUUGGAACUCUGAAAUGUUAGUGUAUAUUUUUAGUGCUGCGGUUUUAUUGCCCUAUGUGGUUCCAGAAAGCUGUUUCUUCAAACAAUGCCUCGGCUGCCGGCCUGAGGAGGUAUACAAUCCUGGUUCACCCAAAGAAUGUCACCCUUCCAACUGGGUGACCCCCGAAUGGAUCUACAACCACGGACAUCCGCCCCCGUCCACUGGCUCCAGGGUGCCUAUAGAGUACCGCUGCUUAAAGUUCAUAGCUACGCCAGAUGAUAAAACAUUUGGUAACACAGUGGACAUCCUUAGAGGCUGUGUGCCCAAGCAGCAGGCAGACUCAGUAUGCGUCGGCCUCGAGUCAGUAGAAAGAGCCAGAGGCCACAGCGACGCUCGCUGUUAUAUCUGCAACCGAAACAACUGCAACUCCGCAGGGCGUCUACAGGUGGUGUUUUCUGUAAUUUUGAGCAUUUCCAUACUGUACUUCAUUUUCAGAUGAAAUUGAUAUUUCCUGCCAACCGAUGAAAAGAAUAAAGUCUUAGAGACUUGUAUUUGUAUUUUCCUAUAAUGUAGUAAGAAUAUAUUGAUAUAUAUUUAAUUAUACCAGAUUUAAUUUAUGCACUUCAUAUUCCUUGUAAUAAGAUUGAUUCUUGAGAUUCCUGAUUGACAUCUGCUAAGUUUAUACUUUUAUGGUGGAGAUGCUAUUUACAAUGAUAUUCAAGUUUCUGUCUGUUUUAUGAGCUACCCACUUAUUUUAAUUGGGGAACUAUUAAACAAUUAACCAAUACAAUUUCUUACUUUUAUAGACCAUAGCUUUUAUACAACUUUUAAAAUUAAACAACAAUUCUUGUAAAAAAAUUGUUUUAUUGCUUUCAUGCCACUUAAAUAAAAACUGCUUCAAAUACAUACCUACAUUUAUCUUUCUUGUCACAACCAAAUGUUACUUUUUAAAAGGAAAAGAUAUUCAUUGAAGCUCUGACAUUCCCACUUAUAAGUUUUGUAUUGGACAAUGUUCAGUCAGUAUAAAGUGCCAUUUAUCAUUGUACAUACAAAUACAUUAGGUACGAGUAACCUCAGACCGCCCUGAAAUAAACAUCACAUACAAAAGUACAUAUUAAAGUAUUAACAACAUACAUACAAUACUCAAU